ACCUUUUUGAAUGGAAGUUUGUAGCUCCUGUGGUGUCGAUAGUACACGAGACCACAAGUACAAGUGUAUAUCCAUUCUCGCACAUCUUCUUCUGAGGCUCUAGCUCCUUAGUGCUUUGUGUUUCUGAAGACACCCUUCGUUUUGCUACGUUGCUGGCGCCACCGUCGCAGCCGACCACAGUCCACAGCUAUCAUGGCCGAGCCCGGCAAGGUCGUGCGGUGGCGGCAGAGGGCGUUCUCUAACUUGGGGUCGGUGUUCACCAACUUCGGUUCGCUGUGGUUCCUCCUGGCGCCGCUGGCGUCGCUGCUCGCGACCUACGCGCCGCGCCGGCUGUUCCAGACCUACUUCAACCUCUUCCUCCGCCGGCGCGUCCGGCGGCUGCUCAACGUCGUCGACCCCUACACCACCGUGGACAUCUCGGAGCCCGGCACCGACUUGCGCUACUCCAGAUACGGCCCCGUGACCGACAACGACAGCACCUACGAAGAGGUCAAGGCGUACCUGAGCGGCGCGUGCUCGCAGGACGCGCGCGAGCUCCGCGCCGAGGGCGCCAAGGAGGGCGACGGCCUCGUCAUCAGCAUGCGCGACGGCCAGGACGUCGCCGACGAGUACCAGGGGGCCUCGCUGUGGUGGUCGUCGGUGUUGGAGGAGGACAAGCAGCGGACGGUCAAGCGACGGUGCCAGCGCCUCACGUUCCACCAGCGCAACCGCCGGCUCGUCGUCGAUGAGUACCUGCCGCACGUCCGCCGUCAAGGCCGCGAGAUCCUCUUCAGCAACCGCCGGCGCAGGAUCUACACCAACAACAAAUCAAUGGACUCCUUCAGGAGCGAUUCCAAGGCAUGGAGCUACAUCAACUUCGAUCACCCGACGACGUUCGAGACGUUGGCCAUGAACCUGGCCAAGAAGCGGGAGAUAAUGGAGGACCUCGACGCGUUCCGGAACAACAGAGACUUCUACCAGCGCACCGGCAAGCCUUGGAAGCGCGGCUACCUCCUCUACGGCCCGCCGGGCACCGGCAAAUCCACCAUGAUCGCCGCCAUGGCCAACUACCUCGACUACGACAUCUACGACGUCGAGCUCACCGUGGUGAGUAGCAACCUCGACCUCCGGAAGCUCCUGAUCGAGACCACCAGCAAGUCCAUCAUCGUCAUCGAGGACAUUGACUGCUCCGUCGACUUCACCGGCGACCGAGCCGCACAGCGACGACCGCGUCACGACAGGUACAGGGACGAUAGGCCCCGCGACACGGUGACCCUGUCCGGCCUGCUCAACUUCAUCGACGGUCUGUGGUCGGCGUGCGGCGGCGAGCGGAUCGUCGUGUUCACCACGAACCACGUAGACAAGCUCGACCCGGCGCUGAUCCGGCGCGGCAGGAUGGACAUGCACAUCGAGAUGUCCUACUGCGGCUUCGAGGCGUUCAAGACCCUCGCCAAGAACUACCUCGACAUCGACGCGCACCAGCUUUUCGGCUCCGUUGAUGAGAUACUGCGGGAGGUGGACCUCACGCCGGCCGAUGUCGCCGAGUGCCUCAUGACGGCCAAGCGUGCAGGCUCCGGCGAGCCUUCUUCCUGUCUUGAGAUUUUGAUCGACGAGCUUAAGAAGAGGGCAGAGGAGAAGGCAAAGGCCGAGGCAGAGGCGAAGGCAAAGGCUGAUGCAGAGGCGAAGGCAAAGGCUGAUGCAGAGGCGAAAGCAAUGGCGGAGGCAGCGGCCAAAUUGGACCGUGCCGAUCUACGGGAAGAGGAUGGUGCAAAAUAUUUCUGAGAUGUGAGGACACUGGAGAAUUUAGGAAUAAGAAAUAUAUUGUUAACAAUGCUCACCUAGAUGUAUUUUUACGAAUAUGCGUAUUCAGAUAACUCAGCUAUAUCAAAGUUCACAUUUAACAGAA